GGCAAUGAACAGGAAUGAGCCAUGGCUCAUUGUGCCAAUGGUUUGGGAAGCAGCAGGGGCCCAAAGCAGGUGUGGGGUGUGUACUGAAGGCCAUCAGCAGCGCUGCUGCUAUCUGCGCCCGUCCCACCCUACGGCACCUGUGGGGUUGUGGCUGUUCUUGACCAUAUCAAGAGUGAGAUAAGGAGACCUUGUGCCUAGGGAGUGGUGGGGUGAGAGGGCAGUAUCCUGGGGAAGUGAGUGCUUAGGGGUGGGGGACAGCAGGGCUGCCCAGCCCCUCAUUGAGAGCAUUAUGGGUGGGGGGCUGCCCCAGGAGGGAGUGACCCUGUGCCCCAGCAGGGACCCUGCCCCUUCCCAGAGCAGGGCCAGGUGUCCCCACCAUGUCCCAGCAUGGUGCCAACACAUGAGGGGCAGAUGCGGCCAUUCCCAGGCAGGACCAUGAGUGUGAUAACAGCAGGUGAUGAGGCUGAGGAGCCCCUGUGCCCUCAGGGUGGGACAGUCUCCAUGUGUCAGCAGCAGGCAGGGACACUCCAAGGUCCCCAGCAGUCCAGACACUAUAAGAGGGGUGAGCAGCCCCACCACUUCUUCUUCCCUCUGCACAACCAUGCUGGGAGCCAUCUGUCUCGUCGUGCUGCUGGGCUACGGUAGGUGCAGGGCAUGGGGAAGGGUCAGGGCAGGGAGAACAGGACCGUGGCUCCUGCCCUGGCCCUGGGCACGGUCACAGGCAGCCUCUGAUGUCCCUUUGCCGGGUGUCCCACAGCCUACGGAUGCGGUCAGCCGGCCGUGCCACCACAGCUGAGCUCCCGCGUGGUGGGCGGUGAAGACGCUGUAGCCCACAGCUGGCCAUGGCAGAUCUCGCUGCAGUACAGUCGCUCUGGAUCCUGGAACCACUAUUGUGGUGGGAGCCUCAUUGCCCCCCGGUGGGUGAUGACAGCUGCCCACUGCAUCAGCUCUUCCUUGAACUACCGUGUGGCGCUGGGCAGGCAGGACGUGUCAGAGGCUGACGAGCCUGGUUCUGUGGCCGUGGCUGUGGAGAAGAUCAUCGUCCAUGAGGACUGGGACGACUACUACGUUCGCAACGACAUUGCCCUGAUCAAGCUGGCAGAGGAGGUGCAGGAGACUGACACCAUCCGUAUUGCCUGCCUGCCGGCUGCUGACAAGAUCCUGCCCAACGACUACCCCUGCUAUGUCACCGGCUGGGGAAGCAUGAGGACCAACGGGCCCCUGGCCACCAUCCUGCAGCAGGCUCUGCUGCCCGUGGUGGAUUAUGAGACCUGCUCCCAGUGGGACUGGUGGGGCAGCACUGUGAAGAAGACCAUGGUGUGCGCCGGCGGCGAUGAUGUCAGAUCUGCAUGCAACGGUGAUUCUGGGGGCCCCCUGAACUGCCAGCGCGACGAUGGGAUCUGGGAGGUCGAGGGCAUCGCCAGCUUUGUCUCCGCCCGGGGCUGCAACACGAACAAGAAGCCGACAGUCUUCACCCGGGUGUCCGCCUACAUCGACUGGAUCAACGAGAAAAUGAGCACAAACUGAGGAUGCAGCAUUGUGGAGAUACCACUGUUGAUCAAAAUAAAAGCAAAAAACGCU